UAGUUGACAUUUGUGUUGUGACAUUUCACUUGAACCAAAAAGCGGCUCUUGUUUGUGUUCACUUUGGUUUCUCAACUUAAAAUAUUAAUAUAAAUAAACAAUAAAAUGUUUUAUCAUAUUUCAUUGGAACACGAAAUUUUGCUGCAUCCGCGGUACUUCGGUCCGCAGUUACUUGAAACUGUGAAACAAAAACUGUACACCGAAGUUGAGGGCACAUGCACUGGCAAGCACGGCUUCGUUAUUGCUGUUACCACUAUAGAUCAAAUUGGUUCCGGUCUAAUACAACCUGGCCAAGGUUUUGUUGUUUAUCCUGUUAAAUAUAAAGCAAUUGUGUUUCGACCAUUUAAAGGUGAAGUACUCGAUGCUGUUGUUAAGCAAAUUAACAAGGUUGGUAUGUUUGCCGAAAUAGGACCAUUGUCAUGUUUCAUAUCACAUCAUUCAAUUCCAGCAGAUAUGCAAUUUUGCCCAAAUGGUAAUCCACCUUGUUAUAAAUCAAAAGAUGAAGAUGUUGUCAUAUCAGGAGAGGAUAAAAUACGUUUAAAAAUUGUAGGCACACGUGUCGAUGCAACGGGUAUUUUCGCUAUUGGUACUCUUAUGGACGAUUAUCUGGGUCUGGUUUGCAGUUGAAUUUUUUUAAAAUACAUGCCAUCAAUUGUAAGCUUAAGUUAUAUUCAGAAUUAUUAAUUAAAAAUUCAUUAUAAGAUAGUAAAUAGAUUCAAUAUUUAAAAAUAAAUCUACAUAAAUUGAUGGUUAGAUUAAAUUCCAAUUGUUCAUUGCCUGUAACUAAUUUUCUUUUUCAUUUUGUUAACAAAAUAAAUACAUUUACCAUAUGUAUCCCCUAACACAAUGUAAUGUAUCGCAUUAUUAUGAUUUGUCUUUUUUAAUAAAUCGUAGUUUUACAAUUAAUAUAUAUGUAAGAAGUAAUAUAUA